GGAUCUAGGGGAAAGCCCUGGGCCCGGCUGGCAGGUGUGGCCACGCCCCACUUCGGGCGGUUGAGUGGCUAAUGAAAUCUGCAGGGAGGGGAAAGAGCGCGGUCGGGUCGUGCCGCCGCGACACUCGGCCCUCCAGUGUUGCGCAGAGGCGAGCGCAGCGCGCGGCACCUGUACGCGAGCGCGGGACGCGGCGCCCGGAGACAUCGGCAGAGAAGCGGGGACCGCGGGGGUGCGCCAGCCAGAGCUGCUCAGCCCGGCCCGGGGACGCGGGGGAAUGGGGACUGGGUAGAGAUGAGCAAGACUUAUUUCAGAUGUUGGAUUUUUGCUUGGAAAACCGUGUGGAUACGACCUUGGCUGCCCCCCAGUGUAGCUCCAGUGCUGUGAGGUCUCAAGGGUUGGCAGAGGGGACAGAGGGGACCAUGAAAAUGGACAUGGAGGAUGCGGAUAUGACUCUGUGGACAGAGGCUGAGUUUGAAGAGAAGUGUACCUACAUUGUCAACGACCACCCCUGGGAUUCUGGCUCUGAUGGAGGGACUUCGGUUCAGGCAGAAGCAUCCUUACCAAGGAAUCUGCUUUUCAAAUAUGCCACGAACAACAAAGAGGUUAUUGGAGUGGUGAGUAAAGAAUAUAUACCAAAGGGAACGCGUUUUGGACCCCUAAUAGGUGAAAUCUACACCAAUGAUACAGUUCCCAAGAAUGCCAACAGGAAAUACUUUUGGCGGAUCUAUUCCAGAGGGGAGCUUCACCACUUCAUAGAUGGCUUUAAUGAGGAGAAGAGCAACUGGAUGCGGUAUGUGAACCCAGCGCACUCUGCCCGGGAGCAAAACCUGGCUGCGUGUCAGAACGGCAUGAACAUCUACUUCUACACCAUUAAGCCCAUCCCUGCCAACCAGGAACUUCUUGUGUGGUAUUGUCGGGACUUUGCAGAGAGGCUUCACUACCCUUAUCCUGGAGAGCUGACAAUGAUGAGUCUCACACAAACGCAGAGCAAUCCAAAGCUACAGGGCACUGAGAAAAAUGAACUUGGCCCAAAGACUGUCCAGAAGAGAGAGUAUAGCGUGAAAGAGAUCCUCAAACUGGACUCCAACCCCUCCAAGGGAAAGGACUUCUAUGCUUCCAACAUUUCACCCCUCACGUCGGAAAAGGACAUGAUCGACUUCAGAAAAACUGGGAGCCCCGAAAUGCCCUUCUACCCUCGGGUUGUCUACCCCAUCCGGGCCCCUCUGCCCGAAGACUUUUUGAAAGCUUCCCUGCCCUACCGGAUGGAGAGACCAACCUACAUCACCCAAGCCUCCCUCCCGUCCUCCGCAAGAAGCAGCCCCGACCAAAGCCUCAAAAGCUCCAGCCCCCACGGCAGCCCCGGGAACACCGUGUCCCCCGCGGCUCCGGGCGCACACGACCCCCGGGACGCUUACGCUUACUUGAACGCGCCCUACGGCCCGGAGGGUCUAGGCUCCUACCCUGGAUACGCGCCCCUGCCCCACCUCCCGCCAGCUUUCAUCCCCUCGUACAACGCUCACUACCCCAAGUUCCUCUUGCCCCCCUACGGCAUGAAUUGUAACAGCCUGGGCGCGGUGAGCAGCGUGAACGGCAUCAACAACUUCAGCCUCUUCCAGAGGCUGUGCCCGGUCUACAGUAACCUCCUGGGCGCGGGCGGCCUGCCGCACCCCGUGCUCAGCCCAGCCUCCCUCCCCAGCUCGCUGCCCUCGGACGGGGCCCGGAGGCUGCUGCAGCCGGAGCACCCCCGGGAGGUGCUGGUCCCCGCGCCGCACAGCGCCUUCUCCCUCGCCGGGGCCGCCGCCCCCAUGAAGGACAAAGCCUGCAGCCCCACGAGCGGGUCUCCCACGGCGGGCACGGCCGCCACGGCGGAGCACAUGGUGCAGCCCAAAGCUACCUCAGCGGGGAUGGCAGCCCCCGGCGGCGACGAAGCCGUGAAUCUCCUGAAAAGCAAGAGAAACAUGACCGGCUACAAGACGCUUCCCUACCCACUAAAGAAGCAGAACGGCAAGAUCAAGUAUGAAUGCAACGUUUGCGCCAAGACGUUCGGCCAGCUCUCCAAUCUGAAGGUCCACCUGAGAGUGCACAGCGGAGAACGGCCUUUCAAAUGCCAGACUUGCAACAAGGGCUUUACUCAGCUCGCCCACCUGCAGAAACACUACCUGGUACACACGGGAGAAAAGCCACAUGAAUGCCAGGUCUGCCACAAGCGAUUUAGCAGCACCAGCAAUCUCAAGACCCACCUGCGACUCCACUCUGGAGAGAAACCUUACCAGUGCAAGGUGUGCCCUGCCAAGUUCACCCAGUUUGUGCACCUGAAAUUGCACAAGCGUCUACACACCCGGGAACGGCCCCACAAGUGUGCCCAGUGCCACAAGAGCUACAUCCAUCUCUGCAGCCUCAAGGUCCACCUGAAGGGGAACUGCCCUGUGGCCCCUGCCACGGGGCUGACCUCGGAGGACCUGACUCGAAUCAACGAAGAAAUCGAGAAGUUUGACAUCAGCGACAAUGCCGACCGGCUGGAUGACGUAGAGGACGACAUCAAUGUCACCUCUGUGGUGGAGAAAGAAAUUCUGGCCGUGGUCAGAAAAGAGAAAGAAGAAACUGGUCUGAAAGUAUCUUUGCAAAGAAACCUGGGGAAUGGACUCCUCUCCUCGGGGUGCAGCCUUUAUGAGUCAUCAGACCUGUCCUUCACGAAGCUGCCUUCCAGCAACCCACUACCUCUGGUACCUGUAAAGGUCAAACAAGAAACAGUAGAACCAAUGGAUCCUUAAGAUUUUUCAGACAAGUGUUUUGUUUCUUAAGUUAUGACUUGGCGAGUCAGGGUGCCUGUAGCAAAUUGCUCAUACCUAAUUCCAGUUCUGCAAAGCUCUCCUGACAACACGUGGUUUCCCCUCACCUCUCUGGAAUUAAAGAAGGAACUCCAAAGUUACUGAAAUCUCAGGGCAUGAACAAGGCAAAGACUAUAUAUAUAUAUAUAUACAUAUAUACAUAUUAUAUAUACUUAUUUACACCCAUGUCUAUAUUUUAAGCUGUGUAUUUUGAAUAUUUGUAUGGAUAUGUUUGCAUAGCCUUCUCAUUACUAAGACUGUUGCCUAGCCAUAAUUGUUUUUUCAAUGGUAAUCCUUCCUAAUUUAUUAUACAGUUUAUCAUUCGAAAAGCAAUAAUUAAAAAAGUUUACAAUGACUGGAAAGAUUCCUUGUAAUUUGAGUAUAAAUUGUUGUAUUUUCAUUCUGUGGCCAUUCUUUGUAGAUAAUUUCCGCACAUCUGUCGAAGUACCUAAGUUUUGGUAAAUGAAUACACGACUUCAGUCACCCUCUCUCUAUAAUAAUGGUUUGAAAAUGAGGUUUUGGUAUUGCCAAAGUUAGACAGUUGAUGUGUUAAUUAAUAGGAUCAUAUGUAUCAUUUGACCAGCAUUGUAACAGGAAAGGGAAUCUUGAAUAUUUUUGUUGAUAGUUCAUUUUUCCCCCAGCCGCCAUUUUACCAGAAAGGCGACAGGAAGGCUUUGCCCACCUGUCCUUCUCCAAAAGAGCAGGGUCCUCUCACCAACCCCCAAAGUCCUGUGACCAUCAGAGUAGCCGCGUGACUUUUGCAUCCAAAUGUGUUAGCUGAAAAUGUGAAGAAGACAAAAUGCCAUGUUUGCAACCACUGUGGGAGCCUUCCCGAGGCACAGUGGUUCUGUACGUGUGAGGUCUGUGGGCUUGAAUCUGGCUGUUGUUUCGUUGUUGGUUUUUGUUUUUAUAAUGUCAAAAUUGCACAAACCUGGUGCUCUACCAAGAAGGAUUUGAGGUAGACAGGCUCAGGCCACACUUUAAAAGCAAAUUUAAAAAACGGGUAUUCUGGUCAUCUUGGGGUAAAAGCAGGUAAUGAACAUUCCUAUCCCCAACACAUCAAUUGUAUUUUUUUCUGUAAAACUCAGAUUUUCUCAGUAUUUGUGUUUUUACAUUUUAUGGUUAAUUUAAUUGAAGUUGAAAGGGCAUUGCAAAGUUGUUUAACAACAAUUACCUCAUUGAGUAUGUGCAGUAGUGCAGGAAAUGAUGUCUUAUCUAAUGAUUUGCUCCUCUAGAGGAGCAACCCAGUAAGUGUGCUGUGGAAAGAUAGACUGCGUGUUAUUCUGUCUUUUACUCUGCUAAGCCCAAAGAUUACAUGUUGGCAUUUAAGGUGUAGCAAAGAAUGAUGUAUAUUUAUAAAUCUAUUUAUACCACUAUGCCAUGUAUAUAUAUAAUAUAUUUAUAACCACUUACAUUGUGAGCCAAGCCAUGUAAAAGAACCUACUUUUCCUAAGGGCA